GUUCAGUGGAGAGGCUUUUUGCCCUCUGCUCCUGGGUCCCUCAGGCAGCCACUCCCGUGGGCACACGCCCGGGAACUGCUUCUGCCCCGCGCUCCCUCCCUCUGCCUUUCACUUCCCAGCUGCCAAGAUCUUGGAAGCUUUGAAGCGCAGCAAAGAAGGGAAAUCCAUUGAGAACAGUCUGUAAAGGUGGAUUUCCGUCAGAGCAGUAAAUCUUGGUGCAGAUCAAUUUUAGGUGUUGUAUCCCAGGACUGCCUGCUUGCCAAGACCCUCUGUAAAACUCCAUGCACCCUGCUGUUGAGCGCUCUGAGGAGGUAACAGUAUUCAGAAAGAAUUCAAACCGUGAGGAAAUGUCAUUCAGAUUCGGCCAACAUCUCAUCAAGCCCUCUGUGGUGUUUCUCAAAACAGAACUGUCCUUCGCCCUGGUGAACAGGAAACCUGUGGUACCUGGACAUGUCCUCGUGUGUCCCCUCCGGCCAGUGGAGCGCUUCCGAGACCUGCAUCCCGAUGAAGUGGCCGACCUGUUCCUGGCAGCACAGAGAGUCGGGACGGCAGUGGAAAAGCAUUUCCAGGGCACCUCUCUCACCUUUUCCGUGCAGGAUGGCCCCGAAGCCGGACAAACUGUGAAGCAUGUUCACAUCCACGUUCUCCCAAGGAAGGCUGGAGACUUUCGCAGGAAUGACAGCAUCUACGAUGAGCUCCAGACACAUGACAAAGAGAAGGAGGACUCCCCAGCCUUGUGGAGAUCGGAGGAGGAGAUGGCAGCCGAAGCCGCGGCGCUGCGGGGCUACUUUCAGUGACGCAGGCACCAAAGGAACUCAAACAAGUCCCAAGGCAUAAGGAAAUGGGGCUCGUGCUUUAGGACCCUGCGGCACUGAAACUGAAGCUAAGCAGACUUUAUUACAUCCUACAAUUCGACAACCUUUUGCAAAGCAUCUUAUUAUGCUUGUGGAAGCAAUCGGGGUUAUGUUUCAAUCGCAAUGACUGACAGGCUGCCUUCAAAACAACGGCACCCGUGGCCCUUCCACACUUCCUUGGCUAUGGACUUAGAACAGAACCUUUUCUAAGUUGCCCCUUGGCCUGGAUGGAAAUAAAAUGAUAGUU